AUGGCGGAACGAAAGAAUUCCGAGGCUGGAGCGAGCAGACAAUCUCAUGCACCACCAGCAGCUUCAUUUCCUACACACAACUCGCCGAGGACAUGGCUGAUCACCGAGUCGUUAUCCCCAUUGGCCAUACGUCUUAUUCGCCUUCUGCUGGCCCAUGGUGACUAUGUGGUGGCAUGUCUGCCACCCCAGGAGAUAGAAGACGAAUCUCGGAGCGCCGAAUUUCGUGAUCUCAUCAGCGAGUGCAAGAGCAAUCGCAAGGACCGUGAGGGCUGGAAGGACCGGAUCCGAGGUAUACGCUGUGAUGGCCGUGCUAUGGGCCCAUGCGGCGCUGCCGUUGCUGAAGCCAUCCAGGCCUUUGGCCGUAUAGACAUCCUGCUUUGCUGCAAGUUCGAAGCUGUUGUAGGCACCGUCGAAGAACAAUCUGUCUCUGCAAUCACCCAGAACCUAGUGAGAGAUCAGUUCGAAACCAUCUUCUUCUCACAGGUCAAUUUCAUCAAGGCUACACUCCCGCACCUCCGGGCACAACGCACCGGACACAUCAUGAUCCUCACCACCAUCGGCGGACACAUAGGCACCCCAGGCAUGCCAAUUUACACAGCCUCAACCUGGGCCCUCGAGGGCUUCUGUGAUUCGCUGGCUUAUGAGAUUGCACCGUUCAAUGUCAAAGUGACUAUCGUGCAGCCUAAUAUGGAAAUACAGUCGCUCACAAACCGCGUUACCUUCACACCUCAGCUCCCAUACUACGAUAGCGAUGCCAAUCCGGCCCCUUCUAUACGAGAUAUGCUUAUCAACGUUGUGAAUGCCAACCCCGAAACUGCCAUCGAGCCCUCACACAAGGGGGUGGUCUCUCGGUACCCGAAGCUGCCGCCCCAGGUUGUGGAGAAGCUUGUGACGGAGACUGUGCACGCCUUGACGGCUAUUGGCGGCCACGAAAAUCCGCCCGCCCGCCAUAUUGUCGGCUUCGAGGGCGCUACUGCGGUCAAGGAGAAGCUACGGACGGUGACCGAAGAGCUAGAGGACUUUGUCGAAGCUAGCCUGUCGGUCGACAUAGUCGAGAGUGAGCAGAAAAACGAGGCGUCAGAAAAGGACCAAGCCCAGGAAUCAAGCGGCUGA